GACCUGUAAAAUUAUUUAAUCAAUAAAGAACACCUCAGCAGUAGAUGUGUCUGUUUAUAUCUCUGCCAAGUGCAUUAUUUGUUUCAAAAAUUUAAUUUGCCAGGAAUAACUGACUUGCCAAACAAGGCAAACCUCUUGCUAUUUAUGAACUUCUUUCACAUUGUUAAUUAUGUUUAGUUCAUGUCAUCAGUAACGCUUACAUACUAGAAGUUUCUUUCUCACAGGUAUCCACUGAUGCUGUAAUCUGAGUAAAAGAUAGGCCUAUAUCAGGGCAAAAAUAUAAAGCUUUAAUUUUAGUCCGGGUUAAUUAAUGGUUUUGUUUGCGGAAGAGCGAAUGGUCUGUCUCUGCUGCUCCUGGGGCUCGACUGUCAAAGGCGAUAAAUCAGCUGGUUGUUUAAUUAAUGAGUCUCGCACCCGGAUAUGAAUGUGUGGAAUAAGAAGAGAAACCACGCUGAACAAUGACGUGCUUUCCACAGUGUGAGUGUGUGUGCGCGCGCGCGCGCGCUAUUUUUAAUGUCAUUACUAAAAGCAGACAGACGGGGAGCGCAGAAGCAGCAGAGUCUGCAGCAUAUGAACUCAACAAGAGUCUCCACUGGAACACAGUGAUAUAGAGUCAAGCACUGUUCGCACUUUUAACAACUUUGGGGAGCAAAGUAAGUAUUUCCGGGGAACUUUUUUUUUUUUUUUUUACAGAGUUGUAUCUCUGCUCCGCCGCAUUUAUAUAUCAUCUUUAUCGUCGAGGAAGUGCAGUCAAGAUUAUCCCGAGAAAAAACACCUGUUACAAACAGUAGCUGCGGUCUUUUAUUUGCCCUAUCUCUAAGAGUGUUAUUAUUAUUAUAUUCAGAUAUAAUAUCCACAGUGAUCAUGUCAGAAUCUGUACGGAAGAUGUUGAGGGCGAAGCUCGUGGUGCUGGGAAGAGAUAACUGUGGGAAGACAGCUCUGUGUGUCAGAUUUAUCACCAGACGUUUCAUUGGAGAGUAUGAACAUAAAAGGGAGGUCACCUACAGAUGUCAGAAAAUUGUGGACAAGGAGACGAUUGAGCUGGAGAUUUUAGACACUGUUAAUAAGGAAUGUGUAGGUCCUGCGGCAUCCUCUCUGGAGAGUUCCAUUAAAUGGGGUGAUGGGUUUCUCAUUAUGUACUCCGUGAUGGACCGCAGCAGUUUUGAGGCUGUGUCGCGCCUGAAGAGACUGAUUGACCACGUCAAACAAACGCUUGGUAUUCCAGCAGUCAUCGUUGCCAACAAAUGUGACAUGGAGAACGGCCGUGUGGUGAGGACAGAUGAGGGACAGGCUUUAGCCUCAGACCUGAGGCGUUGCUGUGUGUUAAAGUCAGGGUUUGACUGGUGGUGCAGGUGCAGUUUCUUUGAGCUGUCUGUGGCAGAGGACGUUUCAGCAGUGGAGGCCGCGUGCGCGCAGCUCGUGCGUGAAGUGCGUCAGGAGUUUCAGCGCCACCUGCUGGCUAUGGACAAGCGCUCACGGAUGCUGCAGAUGAGACAUGCACUCAAAAACAAACUCACAAGGAGUAAAACCAUGCAGUGGUGACCAGAAAGAGUAAACGCAGUUCAGACAUGACUACCGUAGUGCUGUAUCCUGGCGUAACAACCUUUCGGAGAACAAGUGCCUUAUGGAUUUCCAAAUAGUGUCAUGGACAUUGCUAUGUGUGUAUGACAGAAAACAUUAAGCAGCAAAAGCUGUGUUUUUAAAUGUGCACUGGCUCCCUUAAAACUCUCCCUUUCAUUGUUUGGACAAACGGUAGUCUCACCGUAAACUUUUGUAACUGAAUGAACCAGAAGCUGACAUGUUGGACCAACAAACAGAACAAAGUUGAGAUUCUACAGUAAGCCAACCUCUGUGUGCAUUAAACCGUUUUACUAUAAAGUAUUUCAAAAUUGAAAUGGAUCCAUUUGACCAAUUGAGAUCAGUGUACCUCUUAUUUUGCAUCAAUUUCACUGUAAAUGAUGUCAUUCCAGUGCAAUAAUCAUUCUGUAUUUAAAAUUAAUUUUAUGUGUGAGAAGUCAUAAAUGCUUGUUUAUAGGCACCAAAUUUAUUCUGAUAGAC